AUGACCUGUGAGCCCGGUGAGGAUCGGACUCACUUACGAGCGUCGAAUGGUGGAAUAGCUUUCAUUACUUUCUAUAUUUCUAGAAAUGUCUCUUUGCACCUAAUAAUGUUUACGUGUCUAGUUUUGCUUGUGCCUCUUUCUUUCUUACUUUUUUUUGUAAUAUUUGAAAGUUAUACCUAUUGUUUUGUUGUCGCUAUCUCCCUCUCUCUUUCUCCCGCUCUCUCUCUCUAUCUAUCUAUCUAUCUAUCUCUCCCCUUCUAUCAUUCGACCCUUAAUACCUUCCGUCUGUUCCUCUCCCGUGACGACCUCUCGCCAUCUCUUACAAUGGGACUUACUCGUGGAUUGCCUUUGUUGGGACUUUUCUUUGGACUUUUCCUUCCAUCUACAACAGCAGUUUGUGUUGUGAACGGCCCUCUUGGAAUGACGACGGGAGAAAUUAAGGAUUUUCAGAUUAAGAGUUCUAACAGCUAUCCCCAAGAAUGGGAUAAGUUCUGCCACGAAAAAUAUGGCCGCGUUUACAUGCCCAAUAAAUACGGCUGGUGUGCCAAGUACAAAUCUCCGUCAGAAUGGCUGAUGGUAGAUCUUGGAGUAGCUGCAAAGGUGACAGGCGUGAUGACGCAGGGUCGAGGUGAUGGCGUCGAAUGGGUUACAUCGUUUUUGGUUUCUUACAGCAUGGAUUCUUUCGAAUGGCAUUAUGUGCAUGAUGACUACAAUAACCAAAAGGUUUUUGAAGGAAACAUUGAUGCUUAUACGGUAAAACAUUCAUACUUCGAUCGACCAAUACUUGCAAGAUAUAUCAAAUUCCACACUGUCAGCUGGAAUAGACAUCCAAGUAUGCGCGUUGAAAUUCUCGGAUGUCAGUUAUGUAAAGAACCAAUCGGUUUGCCUCCUUACGGAAAGAUGAGUGCAUCGUCAAAUUUGUCCUUUAGACGAAAGAGUUCCUGUCAACCAGAAGAUGGAAACAUUCUCAGCAACAAAGCUUGGUGUUCCAAAAAACAAGAUAAAAACCAAUGGCUUCAAAUUGAUAUCGGUCCUCCAACUUUGAUUACUGCAAUUAUUGUAAGGGGUCGAGCUGAUACACGUCGAAAACACUGGGUUACGAAAUUCAACGUCACCUACAGCAAUGAUACUCAAGUCUGGUAUGGCUACCGUGAUGCGCUGCACUUGGCAAGUAAGAAUCAGUGGCAAUGGAAUUCAGAAAGCCAUAGUGAUGAAGGACUGGUAUCCACUAAUUUACUAUCUAUUUAUCUAUCUAAACUCAUUCUGUUAAUAUCUAUCUAUCUAUCUAAAAUAUCUAUCUAUCUCUAUAUGAUUCUGUUCCUAUCUCUCUAUCUCAUUCUGUUCAUAUGUGUGCAUUUAUCUAUCUCAUUCUGUUCAUUGAAUCUAUCUAUCUAUCUAUUCAAAUCUAUCUAUCUAUCUCAUUCUGUUAAUUUCUAUCUAUCUAUCUAUCUAUCUAUCUAUCUAUCUGGUUCUUGGGGAUCUCUCUAUCUCAUUCUUUGUUCAUAUAUAUGCGUUUAUCUAUCUCAUUCUGUUCAUAUCUCUAUAAUUCUUUCCAACAUCUAUCUAUCUAUCUAUCUAUCUAUCACAGUCAUGUCCACAUCUCUGUAA